AUGGGAACAAAAAGGAAGAUGUCUUCAAUGGCCACCCUUCUAAUAUCUCUUGCGGUAGUUAUUGUUUCUUUAUGUUUGCCCUCAUUGACCACCGCAGCCUACCCUUACUCAUCUCCACCACCUCCUCCACCAAAGAAAUCACCACCACCACCACCUAAGCAUCAUUAUGUUUACAAAUCACCAUCACCACCGGUCUAUAAGUCACCACCACCACCGGUGUAUAAAUCACCACCACCACCCGUUUACAAGUCACCGCCACCUCCUACUCCGGUUUAUAAGUCUCCACCACCUCCAAAGAAACCAUAUGUAUACAAGUCACCACCACCACCUCCGGUUCACAAGUCUCCACCACCACCGGUUUACAAGUCACCACCACCCCCUGUUUAUAAGUCACCACCGCUACCGGUACACAAAUCACCGCCGCCACCUGUUUACAAGUCACCACCACCACAUAUUCACAAAUCACCACCACCACCUAUUUACAAGUCACCACCUCCACCUCAUUACGUCUACAAGUCACCACCACCACCGGUCUACAAGUCACCACCACCACCGGUGCACAAAUCACCGCCACCACCGGUCUACAAGUCACCACCACCACCGGUGCACAAAUCACCGCCGCCACCUGUUUACAAGUCACCACCACCACCAGUUCACAAAUCACCACCACCACCUGUUUACAAGUCACCACCUCCACCUCAUUAUGUUUACAAGUCACCACCACCACCGGUCUACAAGUCACCACCGCCACCCGUUUACAAGUCACCACCUCCACCCGUUUACAAGUCACCACCACCUCCAGUUCACAAGUCUCCACCGCCACCGAAGAAACACUACAUCUAUAAGUCACCACCGCCACCUCCUCCGGUUAAUAAGUCUCCACCCCCGCCACCACCAAAGAAACCAUACGUAUACAAAUCUCCACCACCACCAACCCAUGUCCACAAAUCUCCACCACCACCAACCCCUGUGUACAAAUCCCCACCACCUCCUCCAAGCCCGGUUAAAAAGUACCCACCCCCACAUUAUAUCUAUAGUUCACCACCUCCUCCUCACCAUUAA